AGCACUGAGCAGGGCACUAACGGGCACGCAGUAAUAAUUUAUGGCGACUACGAAGGCUUGUUCGGAAGUUAAACCCACCAUUCUCGUCACACAGCAAUCACCCUAUCAAUUCAACUCUGCAUAAUUAAUAUUGGGUUUUGUGCUCUCUCUGUUUUUUAAAUUGCAAUUAUUAUUGAAGGCUCGGCGGUUCGCUAAAGAACAAGGGUUUUGUGUUCAAACUUCGUCAUGGAGGUCUUCAAAAGGGCCAUAAUACAGCCUGGGCCACCUGAAAGUUUUGCUUUGCAGACGGUUCAAGAAGUAAUAAAGCCUCAACAGUGGUUAAUUUAAUUGACUUGUUUGUGACAGAAACAAACAAAAUUGGCCCAAGAUGAGAACCAGUUCCUAGAAAAUAUUCUACGCAUGCUGCUUCAGGAGUUUGUGUCAGCAGCAGUACAGUCCGGGGAGAAAAUAAUGCAAUUUGGGCAAUCAAUUGAUUCUAGUGAAACUACCCAGGGCCACAUUCCACGCCUUCUUGAUAUUGUGCUAUAUCUUUGUGAGAAGGAACACAUUGAAGGUGGUAUGAUUUUUCAACUGCUGGAAGACUUGACAGAAAUGUCUACAAUGAAAAACUGCAAAGAUAUUUUUGGCUAUAUUGAGAGUAAACAAGAUAUAUUGGGCAAGCAAGAACUCUUUGCUCGAGGAAAACUUGUGAUGCUGAGGACCUGCAAUCAGCUUCUUCGUCGUUUAUCAAAGGCAAAUGAUGUGGUCUUUUGUGGAAGAAUUCUCAUGUUUCUAGCUCAUUUCUUUCCAUUAUCGGAGCGAUCAGCCUUAAAUAUCAAAGGAGUUUUUAACACAUCCAAUGAAACAAAAUAUGAAAAAGAACCCUUGGAAGGCAUAUGUAUUGAUUUCAAUUUUUAUCAAACUUUUUGGGGUCUCCAGGAAUAUUUUUCUAACCCUACUUCCAUUAAUCAUGCUCCAGCAAAGUGGCAGAAAUUCACCUCCAGUUUGUCGGUUGUAUUGAAUACAUUUGAAGCACAACCUUUGAGUGAUGAAGAAGGAGAUGCUAAUAAUUUGGAGGAAGAGGCAGUUAAUUUUAGUAUAAAAUAUCUUACAAGCAGCAAACUGAUGGGUCUAGAGUUAAAGGACCCAAGUUUUCGACGUCAUGCUCUUGUGCAGUGUCUUAUAUUGUUUGAUUACUUGAAGGCCCCUGGAAAAGGUGACAAGGAUUUGCCAUCUGAAAACAUGAAAGAAGACAUUACGACAUGUGAGGAACGAGUUAAAAAACUUAUUGAACUGACACCACCAAAAGGGACGCAGUUUCUUCACAAAAUUGAGCAUAUUUUGGAACGAGAAAAGAAUUGGGUGUGGUGGAAACGUGAUGGCUGCCUACCUUAUGAAAAACAGCCUUUGGAGAAGAAAACAGUACCAGAUGGGUCCAAGAAGCGUAGGCCAAGAUGGAGAUUGGGUAAUAAAGAACUGUCUCAGUUGUGGAAGUGGGCGGAUCAAAAUCCGAAUGCUUUAACUGAUCCUCAACGUGUUCAAACACCUUCAAUUAUGGAAUACUGGAAACCCUUAGCGGAAGAUAUGGAUCCUUCUGCUGGAAUAGAGGCUGAAUAUCAUCACAAGAAUAACAGGGUUUACUGUUGGAAAGGUCUCCGGCUAUCAGCACGGCAAGACUUGGAGGGAUUUUCUAAGUUUACUGAUCAUGGAAUUGAAGGGGUUGUCCCACUAGAACUUUUGCCACCUGAUGUCCGAUCAAAAUACCAAGCAAAACCUAGUGACAGGGGGAAACGUAGUAAAAAGGAAGAAACAAAAGGCAAUGCCCAUCAAGUUGAGGAAAAUCAGAUUGCUACAACUGCAACUGAGAUCGAUAGUGAAGGCAUUAGAACAGAUACCACAGCAACACCUAUGGAAUUUGAUGGUGCCACUGUCCCUGGUACUCAAGGUGGAACCCCAACGCCUGAUGAACUUCAGAAGCACAGCUCAGACACUGAUGUUGGUCAGGAAUCAGGCCAAUUGGAAGCAGAUGCUGAAGUUGAGGCUGGAAUUAUAGAUGGAGAGACAGAUGCAGAUGUUGAUUUAGAUGCUGUUGGCUGAGUGAGUUUGGGAUCUAUGUGCCAAGGAUGAUGAACAUCUGAAGUGAAUGCCAGCAUCAUGUUUUUGAUAUGACAAAGAUAGCUUCAACAUUCAUCACUUGUUCAAGUUAAAGGCACUUUUCCCCCACCCUAAUGACAGGAAGGAAAUUAUUUGGAAUUUUGGUACAAAUUUUAGUUGAAAAUGGUUCUCUCCACGAACAAGAGUGACAAUUGUACUUGGAUGGGAAAAGGAAUGAAAUAUACUGAAUCUUGGUUUUUC